UCUUCCUCUUCCCGCAAUCGACCCUGCAAAAACCAGCAUCCGAGAAAGGCAGAGAACUCUGGAAGAUAAGCAUCAAGCUCGGUUAAACUUUCCUCUCCAAGAGUCAUGGCCACCACCACACUCUUUCCUUUCAUCGCCUCCACUCCGUUCCUCCUCCAACCCCUCAAGGCUCGCCAAACCCACAAGCCACUCCCUCUCCUUCCAAGCCUUUCAUACUCUGCACUUCCCAGAACAGACCCGGUUCAAGUUCCAAGAAGCAUUCCAUGAACGGCGGCAGACCCACCUCCAAGAACCGCAGAAGAUCGUCUUACGGGACGUCCAGGAGGUCCAUCCUCAAGAAAACGUUCAACCAGGAGCAGGUGGAUUUCACUGCUCCAAUCCCUGACGACCCUAUCGUCGGAAUCAUUGGAGGAGGCAUGUCUGGCUUGAUUUGUGCCCUGAAUUUGGAGAAGAGAGGGAUCAAGUCCACGGUUUUCGACACGGGAAUUCAUGGUCUGGGAGGAAGGAUGGGAACAAGAGUGAUAGAACCUCAGCAGCUGGUAUUUGACCAUGCGGCGCAGUUUUUUAUGGUGAGCGAUGCUCGUUUUGCCGAGAUUGUUAAUGAUUGGCGGGAAAAAGGCCUGGUUGAAGAGUGGCAGGGUACCGUUGGAGAGCUUGAAGCUGGUGGUCAGUUUGUUCCGCUACCUUCUUCUCCACCAAGGUACAUUGGUGUGAAUGGAAUGCGGCCUCUAGCUGACUCAUUGUUGAUGGAGACAUCUAUGGUAAAUGUGGUGAGACCUUGCUGGAUAAGCAAACUGGAGCCAUUUAAUGGAAUGUGGCAUUUGAGUGAGAAUGGAAAGCAUUGUGGGCAGUUUGAUGCUAUUGUUAUAGCACAUAAUGGCAAAUGUGCGAAUCGCCUCCUAGCUUCCUCAGGGUUGCCAUUAAUUGCUAGGCAAAUGAAGAGACUGGAACUUAGUUCUAUAUGGGCUCUCCUUGCAGCAUUUGAGGAUCCACUUCCUCUUCCAAGUAACACAGUGACUCCACCUUUUGAAGGGGCCUUUGUGAAAGGUGUUGACUCUAUCUCAUGGAUGGCCAAUAAUUCGAGAAAACUUCUGAAGUCUCCGGAUAAUGGCCCAUACUGUUGGACCUUUUUCAGCACAUCAGCUUAUGGAAAACGAAACAAGGUCCCACAGGAAAAUAUUCCAGUUGCCACAGCUGAGAAGGUGAAAGCAGGUAUGCUGGCGGGUGUCGAAAUGGCUCUUGGACUGCCAGAAGGAUUGCUUCCGAAACCAAUUUAUACACGUGUCCAGCUCUGGGGUGCCGCACUGCCUAUGAACAGCCCCGGGAUCCCCUGCAUCUUUGACCCUCGUGGAAGAGCUGGGAUAUGUGGUGAUUGGCUACUGGGUUCUAGCCUAGAGUCAGCAGCUUUAAGUGGCAUUGCUCUUGCCAAUCAGGUUGCUGACUACUUUCAAGGCGGUGGAGCUCGGCCCGAGGAGUUUGCUGUUGGGUUACACCAGGAGUUUCAACCACUGAAAGGCCAUGACAUCGGACAAUUUCCUGGAUUGGACUCAGAAACGCAAAAAGAUGGAGUUCAGAAUUAUCAGUUUACUACAUGAAGAUGGGGCUCAGAUGUGGUGAGUCUUAACUGCUGUCUUUGCACUCAUGAUCCCAGAAGCCGAACUUACUUGCAGAUGCUGUCCGAUGUCUAAUCCGCGCUUGGCUCAUGCAUCGAGUGAACAUCGUCAGAUGUCACAAAUUCAGUAAAUUCUUGUGCAGUUGUACUGCUCAAGAAUGGUUAGCCGACAUUAAUGAAAGUUGAUAGUCAAGGGCCAAAAUUUGAUAUCCACUGUAGCCAAUGCAUUGGCUCUUUGUAACGUGCGCGCACGACUUGGCAAGGGUCAUUUUGUGUUUUCGUGCUCUCUAUAUUGAAUGCAACAAUGAUUCAAAAAGGCCAAGUGGCUAA